AUGGAGCCUGAUGGUACCUAUGAGCCGGGCUUCGUGGGUAUUCGAUUCUGUCAAGAAUGUAACAACAUGCUGUAUCCCAAGGAGGACAAAGAGAACCGCAUUCUACUCUACGCGUGCCGGAACUGUGAUUACCAGCAAGAAGCCGACAACAGCUGCAUCUACGUCAACAAGAUCACGCACGAAGUGGACGAACUGACCCAGAUCAUCGCUGACGUGUCCCAGGACCCCACUCUACCGCGGACCGAAGACCACCCUUGCCAGAAGUGCGGCCACAAGGAGGCGGUGUUUUUCCAGUCACACAGUGCACGAGCCGAGGAUGCCAUGCGUCUCUACUACGUGUGCACAGCCCCACACUGUGGUCACCGCUGGACUGAGUGA